UGGUAACCUGUGAAAGGGGUUUUAGGUUCAGAAUUCAGAUUUUUCCUAUUCAUAAAAACAGCAGUCGGUUCAAUAACCAGUUCUACAGGCACGCAAGAAGCCGACACCGGAUAGAAAAAGGCUCUCAAUAACUCAGCUUUACAGAAUAUGGUGAUGUAAAACAAUUCGCCUUUUCACUUAACAUUUACCAUGUGCACUGUUUAAAAAAAAAAAUUAAAAAAUAUUUUGGGGGGAAGCUAGGUUACCUGUGCAUAAUUCAUCAUGACCGCAGGUGUGGUGAAGGCAUGUCAUCGCUGCCUGUCUAAGUUGGCCAGUAAUGCCUACAUUGUGGUGGGACUUCUGUUCUUUCUUGCCCUUCCGCUCACAAUGGCGUUUGUAGGUAUGAAGUCUAUCGAUGACUGCCCCGUUCAGCCAAUGAUUCCUCUCUACCUGCUUGUGGGCGGAGUUGUUGGCAGUGUUAAGGUCACACUCCUCUUACAUGACACUAGCCACAUGAGGAAGCUCAUCUCCAAGUCUGUCGUCAUCGGUGAUGACGAUGCUGACGAGUAUCCGUGGCGACAGAACGCCAACAAGUACUAUGUGCAGAUCGUCCUCAGCCUGUUCCUCUUUGUCUGGUUCCUCCUGGGGAACUACUGGGUGUUCUCUGUGUUCCAGCCCAAUUUCAUAGCACCCUUCCACCAGCCGCAGGACUACUGCAGGAAGUCGCUGUACCUGUUUGCUGUUUUAGUGUUGGCCAUCAGCCACACUGUGCUGGUCCUCCUGUUGUGCUGUGGGAUCUGUGUACACGUCUGCUCUCAGACCAGCACGAGAGAUGACUAUCGGGAAAGUGACGAGGAUGACUGAGUGUGGCUGACUGACUGACUGACCAGUUGGCUGGCUGACUGACCAGUUGGCUGGCUGACCGAGCGGCUGGCUGGCUGACUGAACGGCUGUCUGGCUGUCUUGGCCCAGUAAAGUGUGCAGUAGAUUUGUAGAGCAACACGCCAUUUCUGCAUGGUGUUCUGUAUUUGUGCUACAAUUUUGUUUGGACUUUUUAUACAUUUAAGGCAUGUUUUGCAUGGCACGUUUUGUAUGCAACUUUUGCGGACAGAUGUUAGCAUGCACUGUGUGCCUCAUAAAUAGUGCUGGCAACGUUGCUGCUUCAAUACCCACUGGGACAACACACACACAAUGAAUGCAGCUCUGUAAAUUGCUUUGGAUUGA